UUAAAAUAUUGUGUUUAUCAUUUUUUGCUCCUAUAUAUUUCCUCAUGGCUUUUCUUUUUGCUUAAACAUAUCAGUAUCUUCUUAAGGAGUUUUUUGGGAUGUAAAUGAUCUUAGUCUUUAUGUGUUUCAUAUUUUGUUCUGUUUUAAAUGAUACUAAGCACCCUAAAGACUUUAACCUCUUGUUUUUAUUGUUACUGAUGAGAAGCCAGCCGUCAGUCUACUGUCAUUCUUUUGUGUUUUUUAAAUUUCUGGUAGCUUUUAAGAAUACUUUUUCAUUUUUCACAUUUCAGUUUUAUUUGGAUGCAUCUAGAUGUGAAUCUACUUUUAUUUGCCUGCUCAGAACCACCAUUUGUGAAAAUUUUUCUUUUGUUUUCAGUUACCUUUCUUCAAUGACUGCUUCUCCUUCUAUUAUCUUUUUUCUUUUGGAUCUCCUAGUAGGUAAAUUGUGGAGCUGCUUAAUCUGACUUUUAUUUCCCUUACCUGCUUUUUAAUAAUAUAUUUGUCUUUUUCUAAAAUUGUAGAUUGGGUAAAUUUCCCGGCAUUAUGUUUGAACUCACUAAUUAGGUAUUUAAUCAUGCCCAGUUGAGUGUUUAUUUAAGAAGAAAAAUGUAUAUGCCCAACCCAUCCUAGUCCAGUGUCCUUCAUACAGAAAUUAUAAAUAUUUGAUUAAAACGGAAAUAGUUUAUAUAUUUGACUUCACUAUUUAUAGAUAUAUAAUUUUAUCGAGACAAAUAUCAAUUUUUUAAUAAGAGAACAGUUGUCAACCAACAGUCAAACCUGCAAUCAAAGAAGUUACUAUGCAAAUUUGAAACUAAUAUUCUAUCAAAACCCACAAGUUUAAAACUCUUGCAAAAACAGAAUUGUUUUUGUUGGGAUUUGGCUUUGCAGGUAUCUAUACUUGUUCUUCUUUGGAAAAUUUCUUUGGAUCUUCUGGCAGAACCCUUAAGAGUUAUGGACUUUCCAACUAGGCCUAAAUUUUGGAUUGUUCUUAUAUUUGAUAAAUUUAAUUACUCUGAAUAUCACUUCAUGGCAUUGGAAUUAUAGCCUAAUACGAAGAUAAAAAUAUCUCUUUUGCUUCCAACACUCUGCUAGUGCUCAGCAUUUUGUGCUGUAUAAGGCAGUACAUAGAAAGGUGGAGGCAGAUUGCUUUGCAAGGAAGCUAUGUCUUUUUUUUAAAUAAGAAGGUACAUUAAAAAGUUUCCCCCUGUAUGCCUACCAGAUGAAACUUGAGAUCCUCUUAAUUUCUUUUAGCCAGAACCUGACAAGUAUUUAUUAGCUUAGGAUUCACAAAGUACAUAAGGAAAGAUGCUAGAAUCCUUUAAACAUGUAAGGAUGUUGGGUCACUUGACACAACCAGUUAAACCAGUAAGACCCUAUAAAAUGUUGUAGCUAGUGCAGCGUAAUGAUCAGACAAGACCGCCAAUUUGUGUCAAGAGCUUCCCAGGAUGAGCUUAAAUCUCAAUAAUAUUGUAUCUUCUCUACAGAGAAGUGGGACAUUUAUCAAUUCUUUGAUUGCAGGUUUGACUAUUGGUGGACAACAACUGUUCUCCUCUUAUACAUUUAGAUGUCCCUGUCAGGUUGGGAGAAAUUUUUAUUAUGGUUCAGCUUUUCUUGUUGUUCCUGCCUUGAUCCUUCUCGUUGCUGGCUAUUCUCUGAGAGGACAAAUGUGGAAAUUUGCCAGUGACUACUGCUGCAGCUGUAGCCUUCCACGACGGAGAAUCAGCCCCCUAGAGCGCAGACUGGCUUGCCUUAGGUUCUUCAGCAUCACCGGGAGGGCCCUUGUUGCUCCGCUGACCUGGCUGGCAGUGACCCUGCUGAAAGGCACCUACUAUGAAUGUGCAGCAAGUGAGUUUGCAUCUGUGGACCAUUACCCAGUGUUUGGUAAUAUCACUGCCAGCAAACGAGAAGAGCUGCUAGCUGGAUUCCCAUGUGACAGGUCAUCAGCUUCUUCUGAUAUGACCCUAGUGAGAGAUGAAGUAGUUCUUCUGCACAGGUACCAGUCACAAAUGCUAGGCUGGAUUCUAAUCACCUUGGCAACCACUGCUGUCCUGGUCUCCUGCUGUCUGGUGAGCUGCUGUUCCCCCUUCUCCUCUCUGCAACAUCACUACUGGACUCGCCACCUAGAAAAUGAGAGAGCGCUCUUUGAGCAAGCGGCAGAAGAGCACUCCCGGCUCCUCAUCAGGCAGCGCAUAAAGAAGUUAUUUGGCUUCGCUCCUGGGAGUGAAGAUAUCACACAGAUCCAUAUCCCUUCGUGUCAGGACUGGAGAGAAGUUUCAGUGCCCAGUCUCUGGUGCCUGGAUGAUAACACACACGGUCUCUAUAGCACCCUGGGAGACAGGCCUGAAAUGUCUGACAUCCUGGAAAUCAGGAUAAAAUGUACCUUCUGAUCUGUUGACACAUGAGGAAGGUGUUGUUAUCCAGCUAUAAUCAAGAGGAAAUGAUGCACUGCUGUUUUGCCAUCAGUACCCUAAGUAUUAUUUGUAGCAACUCCAUUCUAGAAUUUUCAUGGUUAGUAUAUAUAAAAUUUAUUCUGGAAAGCUUCCCCUCUGUGCUCCACUAUGAACAUUUUCUCUAUCACACUGUACCUUUGGCCAUAAGAUACAAUUGUAUGGGAACUAUGACUGAAGCUUACACUUGUAUGAUUAUUACUGGAAUCCCAAAGGUGAUAUCUGCUUGACUUUUAUGGCCUAGCUGUGCUAAAUGCAACCUCUAUUAUUUCCCCAUUUUUUAAUUUACCUAGAUUAUUUCUAAUAUAUAUUGGGUCUUAUGUCUGAUUUUUGCCAUGUUCACUUAAGGAACUAGCUCAUUGGUCAAAAUGUCCAAUCAGAGGGCUUUUAUUUAUUCAUUUUUAAGCAAAAACAAUGAUUUCUCACUGUCAAUAGACCAACUACCAAUGGUCAACUUGACUUUCAAGAUUGACUUUUAAGGAAACCAAACAACUUGAUUAUCUAGUACUUAUGCUACAAUUUUCUGGUAUUUUUACACAAUUAAUGAAGAGUCUACUAUGAAUAAAACUACUUUCAACAAGUAGGUAAUAAAAAUAUUUUCAGCGGUUUUCUUCUCCCCCAUAAGAGAUGCUUAGAGUAGGUCUGAAGCCUUGUCCUUCUGUCCUUAUUACUCAUUAUCUUUACCUGUGCACAAACCAGUUCAUCUCCCUGGCUUUUACUGCUUCAUGUACAAAGUAAGGAUAAUUACAUCCUAUCUUCUGCAAGGCAAGAAAGGAAACUGAGUGAAUUCUUGAGAUUCCUUCUAACUCUGUUAAGAUCUUUGUUUACAGUAUGUUUACAAUCUUCUGGCAGUAGACCCAGGGUGCUUCUUCUGAAAGUACCACUGAGUUUGAUUUUGAACUUUCUCUAAAAGCUAUUCAACUGCAUUCUGCUUUUUAAAGAAGGUUAUACUGUUUUUCAAAUGGCUAGGAAAAUCUAUUGUGUGCUGACAUAAACUUACAAGAGGGUGUUAGAAACAAAACAGAAGUGUAGUUGGAGAAGGUAACUCAGGUUCUAGUUUCUUUUGAUACAUGAGUUGGUAAACAUGAAGUCUUACCCAUCUGUUCUCAAAAUUCUCCAGCUCUAAAGUUCUAUGGCUCUACAUACAUGAGUUUUUGAAAUUCUUUUGUACUGGGACUUACUAGUUAAAUCAAUCCUUUAUACCAUGCUCAAAGUUAGUUUAUUAGCUUUCAUAAACUGUACCAUAGUAAAGACCCAGUAAGAUUUUUAAUUAGGAGCAAAAUCAAAGAAUGUAUAAAGUUACAGCAUUACAUCAUUAGAAAGAAGCUUGUUGUUUAUAGCUAUGACAAGAGAACUUUGUUUCUACUAAUUUCUGAAAUCCUUUUUACAUCAAACUUUCUGAGUAUGACAUAUAAGGAUUAUACUUUCAGUUAAUCAAAACCUUCCAGCAUAGCUUUCUGGUAAAGGAGAAUAAAUCUCUGGCUUUUCUGCAUGCCUUCAGUGUUUUAUGCCAUCUAAAUGAAUAUUUAAAGGGUAGUAUUCAUCUUUGGGAUUUCACUGUACAUUAUUCAUUUAAAAUGAAAUAAAUUUGUGUAUAUUUUUGUCUAUUCUUCUGUUCCACAGCCAGUUACAUAAAACUCUCAUUAAAGUCACAGUACUCACCCUUUUAUGCUCACUGGCUAGGAAAAUCUAUUUGUAGUGAUACUGGAUUUGUAUGAUUAGAAAAUAGUUAAUUAAAAUUAAUUAUGUGCUAGUAUUACCUUGUAUUUUGUUGCUAAGGGCUUUUGGUCCACAUCAAAUUCUGUAGCUUGACAGAUAAAGGCUUGCUGCCUUCUCAACUUCAAUUCUGUCAUCUCCUGUACACCCUCCUCCCCCACCAUAAUCUAAGUUGCUUCCUACAUACAUGCUUCAGAUUUCUUUAUAUUUUCCAAACAUGAAUUGUACACAGCUAUAUUUAUACUGUCAUCCUUGUCACUUUUGUUUCUAAUCCCCAACUCCAUUUUUUAAAACUGUUUUCUUGCAUUCUGUCUGUACCAAAGGGAAAACACAUUAACCCUAAAACUUUGAAGUACCUUAGUUAACCAAAGACUUUAUGAAUACAAGACUAGGUGAGUUUUUACCAUCUCAUAAGUAAGAGGUAUUGAGAUACAAUUUUAGCUCCAAAAUAACUUUACCAACAUUUAGCUCUGGUUAACAAACAACAGAUAUUGGCAGGCUGAGGAGAGCUACAGAACUGCCUCCACCACUGGUGGGGCAUAAAACUAUAAAUGUGCUUCCUAGAAUAAGACAAUGGAUGGCCUUCCAGAGAGACAAACUGCAUUAUUCUUACCUGAAUUAUUAUUUUGUACUAAGCAUUAAGUAUAUAAAGCUUUUCUAAUCUCAGUACACCAGAACUGCAAGAAGAAAAUGGAUUUCAAAUGUGGUUUCCUCUGCUGCCACCCAGUGGUCUAUACUGGUGCAUGCAAUAAUUUGCAGCAGUGAUCCCAAUCCAGGUGUUAACAUCUGUAAUCCAAAGAUCUGAAAUCGCAAAUACUCCAAAAAUCCAAAACUUUUCCAGUGACAACAUGAUAGAUCAGGGACACUCAAGCAAUAGAUCUAUGCAAACAUCCCAAAAUCUAAAACAAUACAUCCAAAACACUUCUGGCAUCAAGCAUUUUGAGUAAGGUGUAUCACCUGGGAGAGGUAAAAAUAAUUGUGGUGCUGAAUAUAUGCCAACUACUUUAAGCAAAGUAUUCUAUUUAUCAGUUAGAAAAUAAUCUGCUGAACUGACCUUAAAUAAUGUAUUGAAUGUGAUUUUUGUAAAUUCCUGUUCAAAUAAAAUGCUGUCUUAUUUAUAUAUUUUACCAGGUAAGUGGUCAAGCAUGAGUCAUCAUUGGAACCCAAGCCUACUUCCAAUGAAGUAUGGCCUCCCAUUUUACUAAUGAGGUAAUUGAGACACAGAGAUGUCAAGCAAUGUACCAAAGGUCACAUACGUGUAAGUAAUGAUGCCAGAGUCCAGUCCCAGCAGUCUGACUUCUGCACCUGUGCUCCACAGCACUAUGCUAGAGUAUGGUGAUGGAGAUAGCUUAUUGACUUCCGGGGCCCUGUAGGUGCUGGGAGGAUUCUCCUCAUACUCAUACCAAAGGAUAAAUGGAACAUCCUGAGCUCUGAUAAAAAGGUGUCAUACUGCACAUUAGUCCCUCUCUCUCUACCUCACCUGCAUACAUAGGGCUCACUUUAAAGGCACUGAUCUUACCAAGUCCACUCUCACUGGAGCGUACUACACUAACUGUGGAGCAGGGCACAAUAGCCAGUAGGACUGAUUCUAUUAGCCUCUGGCUCACCACCAGUCUAUGCUCUUUUCCUAAUGCAGGGCCUGGGCAGGACAACAUUGACAUCUGCUGAUCUGUUUUCAGUAGGUCAAAACGAGGAUCAGGAAAAGUAUCUCCUUACUUUAUGGUCUUACACAAGUCAGGCUCUCUGGGACUUUUCUGGAACUUUCCUUUGUAUGAGAUAGGAGAGGUGAUUAAAUUGUGGAUGAGUGAUUAGAAAAUUGAGUCACAAACCUCUUUGUGGAGCCAUUCUGGUAAAAGCUAUUUUCAGAAAAUAAUCCAGUAAAAAUGUGUGCACACAGACAUAAGCCCACAUAACUCAAGAGUUUUCAAUACUGUGAUAGGCUAAAUUAUGGCCCCUUAUUAUGGUUUGUGUCUGAGUGUCCCCCCAAAGCCUCAUGUGGUCAUGGGGCAGGCUUUUAGAG